AACUCCAGUCCACAGUUUAAAAGUAUUCUUACUUAAUUUCAAUCUCCUCUGCCAAUCGUUUUUGUUUCAGAGGACACUUGGCAAACUCUUCGUGUCCUAAUUGGUCUCCUGCCGUGACGUCCGCCCUUUAAAACCCACGCGUGCUCAGCGCGUGCUUUUCUCUUCUCGGCGCAUGGAUCCUAGAAAUCAGCAGUUUAAGGUCUGGAAGGACUACAUGGGUCUGGCGGAUCUGGUCAGAGGCAUGAAGCGGCGACGACCAGAGCAGCCAGACGCGGCCGAUGACACCGCCGCCGCCUCCGCUUCCGCUUCCGCCCCCGCGCUCCUGGAGUCUCCAAGCGGCCCGACGCGGGCGCACGGGACCCUGACGGCGGAGAGAAGAGACCCGGAACGCGGCAAGAGCGCCAGUAGCAGCAGCAGCCCACCUGAGAGGAAGUUCUGCAGCUUCUGCAAACACAACGGAGAGAGCGAAGCCGUGUUCACCUCACACUACUUAAAAGACCGCGCCGGAGCCGUGAUGUGCCCGUACUUGAGCCAGUACGUGUGUCCCCUGUGCGGAGCCACCGGAGCCAAGGCGCACACCAAGAGAUUCUGCCCGUUCGUGGACAAAACCUACAGCUCCGUGUACGCCAAAUCAACAUGGUGAACCGGACG